GUGCUAUUAGUGUGUUAUUAGUGUGUUAUUAGUGUGUUAUUUGUGUGUUAUUAGUGUGUUAUUAGUGAAUUAUUACUGCGUUAUUUGCAGUGCUCAUAAAAUAACCAACACAUAUAGAGGUCUCUUUGUUUCAUUGUCAUUGUUUUGGAGUUGCUGAAGUACCUGAAGAACUUUGAUGUAAAGGAAAAGUACAGAAGCGGGUUUUGCGUUUGUAACACUUAAGAAUCAUUUAAUGUUAUUCACGGCAACUGAAAUUAUUUCCUGUCUAGAUGGCAAGUUUAAGUAAUUAGCACCUUGACAGCAUUGUGAAGCGUGUGCUUCCUGGAGGAGCAGUCUGAAGAUGCAAAUGCAUGAUGGUGUGUGAAAUAAUCAGAGAUUUGUUUCCCCUGAACUUGUGUAUGAAUUACACACACACACACACACACACACACACAGUGAGAAAACAUUAAUCUCUCAGCACAGGCCUGGUAUGAUGUAUAGUAACUUGUAAUCAUUUAUGACUUGUGAAUACUUGUGCUGUAAAUCCUGUGUACAGACUUCCUCAAAGGAGCAAUUUCCACUGGUAUUAAAGGCUGUUUGUUGAUAUCCCUCAGCUCAGCUACAAGCGCUUUACAAUGGAUAGGGAAAGCAAUCGGAUUUCACGGCGGCGGUAUCUUACAGAGGCAGGGUUGCCUGUGCACAGAGGGCAAUGGGGAAAUGCCACGCUUUGGAUAAACAUGCUGCUAAAGCACUGCGGAGAGUAUAGUUCAUGCAGUGUAUGAAUUGUGAGCACAGCGUUUGACAUAGCUUAAUUUAUAUACAAAGACCUGUUUAUUGGGGGGAUGAAUGAAGCCAAAUUAAAUACUGGGGUGUUCAUGUCUGCACCCCCAGUCCCCCAGGUUCCUAUGCUCCUCUUUACCACUUCUGGUGUCAUCUUUGUACUGAUGCUGUAUCGUCACUGACAUACACUACUCAAAAUCUCAGGCUCGGCUAAAUUUUAUCAGGGACAAAAAAAGGGUAUGAGGGUAAUUCCCAAGAAGUUAAGGUGGACUGAGUGGACUCUGACCAUCAUGGGGGGUCAUCAAAAGCGGCUGUGGAUUUAGGGCAGAUCGAGUGUCGACUGUGUUUCACCGGAGGAAAAGUUGCGGCCAGCUGUGUGCCGACACGCGAGCUAGCCGCCACGGUCAGUGUGCACUGUGCACUGUACACUGUACACUGUGCACACCACCACGUGCUCGGCUCCCAUCUGUGUGGCGGCGGCCCCUCAGGGCGGCUGCCACGCCGUAAAGACCCAGAUUCCGAGAAAGACACACAGAAGGGCGAUGUGUCUGCGGGCUGCGAGCAGCGGCCAGCCAGACAAACAGACUGUUGUCCCCACGGUCAUUGUCCCAGCAGCCAUAAACAUGACCCAUGAUGUUUUUUCAAUUGCUGCAGGCCCCCCCCCAACUCUCUCUGCCGUUUACACGGACGCAGAUCGCCACAGUGACGUGCUUUGUGCCGUGACAACAUAGGACGACCCAUUAAUGAAACGGGACAGGCCAAAAAAAGAAAACAGCUGGGUCUAUAUAUAGUCUAAAAAUAAAAAGCAGGCUAAAAAUAGACCGGCAUAAAGUUCACGUCGGUGAUUCUUCGGCGACGGGGGCUGGACAGUGUCCUUUGCACAGGCGUGGUAAAUGCGGCAAAAUGGGCUUCUUAAAAAAAGCUGGGGAGCAGUUUAUGCGCGAUGCCUUGAGGGGACGCUAUCAAAACGAAACUUGUUGAUUGGCUGAUUUCCAGACGGGGGCGGAGCCAGCGAAUUAGCUACAAACAGAGAUGCGGGCAUCCUAAUGAUCAAAACCACGCUAAUCUGAUGGACUCGUUUGAAGCCAUUGUCGUAUUAUGACAGUCAAAGGGGGCAGCCUUAACCCUGACUAAUUAGGUUAUUCAGCAUUGGGCCUGAUGGUUUAUAAGCUCAAUAAAGACCUCUGAGAGGAGCUGAAGCCACCAAGCAGGACAGCUGGCAGGGGCCGCGAUCUCUAACAGGACAGGAGAACUUUCCGGAGAAUGCCACACUUAACCGACUGCAGCUUUUACAAGAUGGGAGAUGGGACCAGAAUUUCAAACGUCCAGACUCACCUGGAGAACUCCAAGUUCCAUCUGCACUCAGCCCAGGCGCAGCAGGUAAAGCAGUACCUGGCGCUGGGGGCCCAUGUGGGCCAGCCAAUGGGCUCCAUCCCCAUGAUGCGCAACGGACACGCCCCCACCACAGGCGACGGCAACAACCCUGGCAGCCCCGUCACCCUGAUGUCCCUUCCAGCUGCCGGCCAAGACAGCGAGUUCCCCAUGGAUGGAGUCAUCGAUGAUCUGAUCAGCCUUGAGUCCGGUUUCGCUGACGAGAGUCUGGGAUGUGUGGAGUCCAACAUGAUGAUGCAGAGCAACGUAUCCCUCGGUGGUGGCUUGCUGGAUGGAUAUGGCGGCGAUCAAGAACAUGAAACCAGAGUUCUCGCCAAAGAACGGCAGAAAAAAGACAACCACAAUUUAAUUGAAAGAAGAAGAAGGUACAACAUUAACUACAGAAUCAAGGAGCUGGGAACUUUAAUACCGAAGUCAAACGACCCGGACAUGCGUUGGAACAAGGGCACCAUCCUUAAGGCCUCGGUGGAGUACAUCAAGUGGCUGCAAAAGGAGCAGCAGCACGGACGUGAGCUGGAGGGCCGGCAGCGGAGGCUGGAGCAGGCCAACCGGAGGCUGUUGCUCAGGAUCCAGGAGCUUGAGAUUCAGGCGCGAGCCCAUGGGCUCCCCAACAUGGCGCCCCCUGUCCUGGGGCAGGUGGAGCUGUCCUCGCCCCUCCAGAGCCAGCCGGCCCUGCCCAUGCACCAGGAGGGCUCCAGCGGGGAAUACGCACAGAGCACAGUGAGUGCGGCCGCGGCCGCCUUCUCCGACCCGCUGACGCAUUUCACGGACUUCUUUGGUGCCACGCUCAAGGAGGAGCAGCGGCUAGAGCACAUCCUGAUGGACGGGCCGUUGUCUCCGUUUGGCGCCGACCCACUCCUUUCCUCCACCUCUCCGGCCGCCUCAAAGGGAAGCAGUCGACGGAGCAGCUUCAGCACAGAUGAGGGUGAAGGCCAGUGACCCGCCCUCUUACUGACCACGCCCCUUGCUGACCACGCCCCUCGCUGGCACGCCCUCGAGUGACACGCCCCUGAGACCCCUUCCAACCUGUGCUGGCCACUCCCUGGAAUGGUAUCUGGGAUACUUUCACUCUUCCUGGGCCAGACACCCUACCAGAGAUGCUCGGGCUAGGACAUGCUCUCUGGAAUACACCCCCAGGACUGUUUGAGUUUGGGACAACCCCCCAGUCUGUUAAUGCUAAUAUAAGUAAGGCGAUAAAUCCAGUUAUCAUUUAAACUAGUAAACCCUCCCUUUUCCAAAGACUCAACAAACUACGAUCCCAGUACAAUCAAGAUCCAAGCCUUCAGGUGCUGAACCUUCAAAGGACAGCGCCCCCUGCUGUCAUCUGGACUCCAAUGCCAAUGGUGCCUAACAUGUUAGAACAAAAGGGAGAUUAAAUGACCAGAUUUACCAGUUUAACCAAAUUAACCAGCCAACGACCUGUUUCGAUAUCGUACACUGAAUGAAUGUAUAUGAAAAUAAUAACCUUCAAUAUACAUACAUAUAGCUAUAACAUUUUUACUUGUGUUAUAUAUUUAAUUAUAUUAUAUUUUAUUACGUUUUAACCCUUCUGAUCCAAAAAUCUUUUGAUAGCUUGCCUGUACAUACACUGCCUUUACACUUAAAUAUAAAUAAACUUUUUUGGAUAAA